AUGCAUGGUGAAAAGGGACCAGAAAACAUCAUGAGGAUAGAUCCCAAAAAAGAUUUAGGCAUCUGGGUCUCCUCAAACUUGUCCUUCGCACUACACCAUGAGAAAUCGGCCCAAAAGGCAUUCGCCGUUUUACGGAUGAUCCGACGUACCUUCUCCCAUAUUACUCGCAUGGACUUCCAAAUACCCUAUGGGGCCUACGUCAGACCGCUCCUGGAGUACGCCAACCAAGUUGUCUACUCUGGACGUGCGAAAGACGUCACCCUCAUUGAGCGUGUCCAGCGGGCCGCCACGAGAAUGGUUGCCGGCCUCAAAUCCGUUGAACAAAGCUUGGCAAACAGGUUUUUUACCGUUGAUCCAGCAAACACCCGGCGGGGACAUAGUAAGAAAAUCUUCAAGCUCAGGGCACACACAUUCAUUAGACAAAACUUUUUUUCAUUUCGGGUAGUAGCUGCGUGGAAUGACCUUCCUCCGACGGUUGUCUACGCUCCUUCUAGAACCCAGUUUAAAGCACUACAUUUGUUUAUGCGAAUCCUCGCGCUGGCGAGCAUACUGCCUCGCGCUGAGAACAUAAAGAGCAGUGCUACACCCUUUUUUCACUUGUGCCUUUCAGGUGAACGACAGCCACUGACCGACAAGAACAAAACCGACCCGGGAAUCUUGGGCAAAAGCCUCGAUCCUGUGUAUCAAUCCGUCACGCCCUUUAAAUGUACCCCGUUGAACAGCAAAAGUCGGCUUUUGAUGGAAUCUGGAAUAAAUGAACGAGGGGCAUCAAUCGUCGACCAGACAAUCGAAACAAUCGCACCCAAGAAACCACUUGUAGCAAAUGACACGUCUACCACAGACAAGCAUUCGAGUCAUCCGGUUUCCGAAACGGCUGCAGCCAAACCAAGUCUUCUAACUCAUCUCCUACUUGGUCGUAGUCGUAUUAGCAGGCAAUCUGGUAGUGUUUCAUCUCCACAGAGUGAAUUCAACAGUAUAGUCGGUUUGGAAGGAGCGACUGAAACCAGUGAAGAUUUUGACGAGGGAGCCAACAAAACGAGUCUACAAAUUCUGAGCAUGUCCUUUCCCAACCAGCUGAGAGUCAACCAUCUAACACUGUGGAGACGUAAGUUACUCACAAGGACUUGGCAAGCCCGUUCUGGCAGCGCAUCAGCCACUCCGUUUACAGAAACACUGAACUUUGGAGAAUGCAGUGGAUCUGUCUCAUCAGCGAACAAUGGAGUGCGGACGGUCGAAUGGACCACAACCCCGAUUGCCAGUCGUGUUAAAACCGUCUCCACGAUCCAAAAGAAGAGAAGGACCGCCAUCAAAGCACAGUGCCUUGAGAAUCUAUACGGGUGCUUGCCGACGUGCGACGCAGCAAAGUUACUGAAUGUGGCUGUCUAUGAUCGUGUCGAAAGCAUAUGCAGACAACCUUAUACAUCCGUUGAUCAGUGGCUAGCUGAUGGGUUUCCAAAAUGUUUCGACAUUUGCGAAUUGAUUUCCCAACCGACGAGGCUUGUCAUCUGGUUGGCGAAGCGCAAACUGAUUAUAAACCGAACCCAGUGCGCAAGUUGCCAACGGCCGAUGUUGAUCAAAUGUGCGCCCUUCCGACGACAAAUGUAUAUAUGGGCAUGUCGGUUCUGUGGACAGCGGUCUUCUCUCCGACUGGGGUCUGCAUUCAUGAAAACUGGUGUACCAGAAGCGAACAUCAUCCUCAUACUGUACCUCUGGUCUUUGGGGUACUCCGUGGAAUUUUGCGGUACAGAAUUAGAGUGCUCGUUAACAUCUGCGAGGUGCUAUAUCUGGAUGGCCGUUAGGAGUGCGGCAGCCGAACUCCAGCGAAACUUCCGACCAAUUUCGGGAAUUGUCGAGAUCGAGUGGGAGAAUUUUCUACGCACUACUGCUCAUCGAGACGGGCUGUUUCUACUGUGCGGUGUUGAAAGAUCGACGAAAAACGUUUUCGCUGUACGGUGCCCGGAGCCACAUAAUAAAGACGCCCUACAAAGUAUCAUACAGAAAAAUGUAUCGGUGUGUUCAGUGCGCUUUGUGAUUAAUUUGACUCUUACAGCCUGGUUCGGUCAUCAUAACACGUGA